AUGAAAGGUAUUAUUGUGAGUGAUGGAGUGUACAGAGAAGAAGAUGUUUUUGCAGGACAAAGAAUAUUUAUGACACCUGAGCUUAUCGAGAAAACAAUGUUGGGGUUGGUCCAGAAAUACAAUCAAUACCGACCAACGACUAAAUCAUCACCAUAUGCAGUUGCAGCUUGGCUCUUACAUGCUUUUGUUAGCAUACAUCCAUUUAUUGAUGGUAAUGGUAGAAUGGGCCGUAUCUUGGCUAAUUUGGUACUGUUUUCAUACGGUUUCCCAUUUCCAGUACCAAUUUCUGCUGAUAAUGAUGAAUAUAUUAAAUCAUUAAGAUUGGCCGAUAGAUAUUACGAAAAGGGAAGAGACACAUCACAUUUAGCUCUCAUAAUUUUGAAUAGUUCUCAUUCAAUUUAUAAAAAUUACCUUUCAAAUUUAGAAUUAUAA